AUUUUUUUACCUAGGCCCGCUAAAGUAUAGGAUGAAGAUAGUUUUUUAAUAUUUUCACGUGUCUUAUAUUAGGGUUACGUGUGUGUCAGUAAUAUUAGGGUUAUAUUUUAUUUUAUCUUGUGCCAAAAACGAACAAGGCAAAAUGAUGAAGACUGUGUUGAUGGUUUCUUUGGCCUCUCCGUUGCUUUAUGGUGUAGGUUCGUUUUUAACAAGAUCAAAAUCCGUCGCAAGAUCGAUUUGGUUCGACUACUUCAACUUCAAGCCGCCGCAAAACCCCGUUUCAUGUUCAACCGAUGGCCACGAAUUUAUUAUCUUGGAAACGAGAGAUGCUCCACCUGCACACUUCCUCACCAAAAUUGAAUCUUUUUCCUUACUUUCUGAGUAUCGUGUUUCAAAAUACGAAUCAAAAGUAUUUGAAGUUGAUGGUUACAAAUGGAGACUCGUAAUUUAUCCUAAUGGGGGUGAGGGUCAAAUUAAGGGCAACAAUGUUUCCGUAUACUUAGCCAUGGCUGACACUAGUUCGUUGCCCGUAGAUUGGGAGUUAUAUGCCGACUUCACCAUCUUUCUCUAUGAUCAGUUUUCAGACAAUUAUUUAUGUUUUAGAGGAAAUGUGAGGCGGUUUCACGCAACUAAAUCCAAAUGGGGAUUUCCCAAAUUUAUGUCUAAGAAAAGUUUGAGAGAUCAAUCAAGCGGAUACCUUGUUAAGGAUAACAUUGUGCUUGGAGCUGAAGUUUUUGUCAUGAAAAAACAACGAAUCGUUGAGAGUGUGACUGUGCUUAAACCGAUGUAUACGAGAUUACGUGAUUGGAAGAUUGUUGAAUUCUCUAAAUUGGAAGGUGUUUGGGUUUCUGAAGAAUUCAACAUGAGAGAUGUUGAAUGGAAGUUGAAGCUAUAUCCAAAUGGAGAUUUGGAUUCAAAUGGAGAUUUGAGUUCAAAGGGCAAUGCCGUGUCGAUGAGUUUGGUAUGUGUUAGCGCUGAAAAAUUUACGGUUCAUCAAAAAGUCAAGGCAGAGUUUCACAUGCGCCUAAAAGGCAGAUUCGACCACGACUCUGGAAAACGUAAGUUAUAAGUCUUGGAUUUUUGUUAACCUAGUAAUUUGUUGGUAUAAGAAUUGACAUAUUAACUAGUAAAGAAAUUACUACUAGUCUUAUAAGUUCAAAAGUUGUUGUAAGAUUCUUCUUUUA